UUCGGCAUUCCUUCUCUCUUCUCUCUCUGUCUCUCCUCUCUUUCUCUCUCUAGAAUCCCUUUUAAGUAGCACCUCAUUAUCUCAUUCUCUCUCAGCUCAUACAUCUCCCGCUCAUUUGUCUCUCUGGGUUUUUUCUCUAGAAGAACUUCAAACUCUAAUAUUAUCAUUUCUUCUGAGUUUUCUGUCAGAACUUCAAACUCUCCAAAUAUUUGACAAUGUCGAGCAGAAGAUCCUCUCGGUCGAGGCAGUCGUCGAGCAGGAACAACAACAGUAUCAGUGAUGACCAGAUCACUGAUCUCGUAUCCAAGUUACAGCAGCUUCUUCCUGAGAUUCGCCCUAGGCGUUCCAACAAGGCGUCGGCGUCGAAGGUUUUGCAAGAGACUUGCAAUUAUAUUAGAAACUUACACAGAGAGGUGGAUGACCUAAGUGAGCGCUUAUCAGAGCUUUUGGCCACGACGGACAUGGAUAACGACCAAGCAGCCAUUAUUAGGAGUUUACUUAUGUGAUGGUGUAUAUAUAUAUCUAUAUAUAUAUAUAUAUAUAUAUGGAGCUUCCUAGUUAAUCAUGAUCCGUAUUCGGUAUUAACAAUAUAUAUAUAUAUAUAUAUAUAUAUGGAGCUUCCUAGUUAAUCAUGAUCCGUAUUCGGUAUUAGUAUUGUUAAUCUCUUUUUGUCGUGAGCCUUAUAAAUCUGGCUAGUUAGCUAGCUAGGGUUUGCUCAUUAGGCCAGAAGAAAGAGUUUUUUCUUUUUUUCCUUUCUUUUUCUUUUUUGAUUAAGAAAGAGAGUAGUUUAAUUACUUAUGUGUAGCAGUCCAAUAUCCUAGUGAAUAGAGUGUUGUAUUUCUACUUAUGCGUUUCGGGUUUAAAAUUUUCUCAUUUUCUAAAUUAUUGUAGUAGUUUUGAACGUUCUGUCUUCCAAAUAAUAGUAAAAAAGUUUAAUUAUUUAUGUAACAUGGAGUACUCUCCAGUCCAAGUCUAUGCUAUUACUUUCGACGACUUGUAGUAGGUAAUUAACUUUUAUAAUCAUAAAAGCACUUUUAGAUUUCUA